AUGUCGAAACGGCCAUGGGAGCAAGCUGCCACCGAUGACGGGUCAGCUCCGGGAGCCUCGAAGCCUCGGAAAUACUCCCUCAUCGACCAUCCACAUACAUCCCAUGCCGCGCCAACGAGCGAGCCCGCGCCAAUUCCUAAUAUCUCGAGGAAGGUAAAAGCCUGCGCAGCAUGUCGCAAGCACAAGAUCAAAUGCAUCAUGGAUGAGUCCGGGCCGCCUUGUCGAAGGUGUUCUGAGAAGAAACUCGGCUGCGUGCUGAACAAGAGUCUUCAGACCUUGAUUAGCGAACGCUCAGAGUCUUCCGAGGCGAUGGUGCAUGACAUUGAGAUGAUACAUAGCAGCCUCCAAAAAGUUAUGAGCACUCUGAACCUGCCUCCUCUUGGACGGCUACAAAGCCCGAAACAGCGACCACACACUCCAAGCUCAGAAGAGCCAAGUGAGUUCCACCACGUGGACGAAGUUCUGCCUUCUUGCGACGUGUCACCAAAAGUCUCCCCGGAGGACGACCAUGACCUGCCAAAGGUUCCGAUUCAGUCUCUGUAUCACCUCACGAAACUCAGCGCCCUGCGUUCCCCAGAUGCCGUUGAGCCAGACAGUGCGCCAAGGCGGUCAGGAGCUGUCUUAGACGACUUCAUCUCAAGAGGCACAUUGCCACUCGAGGACGCGCAACGGCUUUUCCACCUUUACAUGAACCACCUGGACCAUUUCAUGUAUGGGAUAGGAGGGCGCCAUAAGACGCUAGACGCUUUACGGCGUAGUAGUCGCAUCCUUGCUGUUUCAAUUCUCACGGUUGCUGCUCUACAUGAUCACCAAAGUAACUCCCUUUAUGGCAUCUGUAGCAAAGAGUUUCGAAGACUCCUUGCCGCUUCAAUCUUCAACCGUCGUAUUGACAGGGACUAUUUGAGAGCCAUGUGCAUUGCCUCUUAUUGGCUGUCGGAGAUAAAUUGGACAGUUUCCGGCUACGCCAUAAGACGAGCCACCGAAUUCAACCUUGCAAAUCAUUAUAACAGAGCCGUUCAAGAUGGGAAUGAGGAAUCGGCUGACUACGUACGGUUAUGGUACGUUUUAUAUAUAUGCGAUCAGCAUCUAUCGACACUAUAUGGCCGUCCAUCAGUCAUUCGCGAAGACUUCGUGAUUCAAGGUUGGGAUGCAUUCAUUCAAUCGUCUAUCACCACCAAUGAAGAUAAGCGCCUUGUGAGCCAAGUCGCUCUAUUGAAUAUAAUACAUAGCAUCCGCGACCUCUUCGGCCCUGAUACAGGCGAGCCUGUGCCACAAGUGUAUUCUAUGCAGAUUGUCAGCUUCGGGCGUCAACUAGACCAGUGGCUUGGGCAAUGGUCAACUGCACUUCUUGAACACCAUGAGCAUAUUGGACGAUUCCCAAGAAAGGGUGUCUUACUCCACUUUCACUUUGCCAAGUUGCACUUAUAUAGCCAUGUGUUCCGCGGGCUACGGAAUGCCGAGAUCCCGUCGUACUUUCUCGACUCGGCUGCCUCUGCGACCACCGCCGCAGUUGCAAUCAUCAACGCUUUGAUUAACGACCCAGAGAUCCAACCAGCAUUGAUAGGUAUACCUUCAUACAUGCACUCGAUGACAGCCUUCGCGUCGAUGUUUCUGGCAAAACUCGCCAUGACAUACGGCGACCAGCUUCUCGAAAGAACCGUAGUCAUUGAGCUGAUCACAAGGCUUAUUGAUUUGUACCACUCUACAGCGGCGGGGAAGUUUCACCUAGUCAGCAUGAUGGCAAAUGGGCUCGAAAAGAUUGUUCAGACGCUGAAAGAGUCAAAGAAUCCACAAGAAACAACCAGAUACUCGGAGACGCUCCCAACGGGACUGGAGACGAACACGUUCCCAGACUUUGGGGAUCUUGGAUUCGAAGGCGACAACACCAUAUUCGAUGCAAAUUUCCUCAUGGACUUCAACAUGAACCUUGGUGCAUCCGCAAUGCAUCUUGGCAACGGCCCAACCGCUUUCGAAACGAACGAUCUUAGUCCUAGUUUCCUAACGUAA